AUGGCAUUUUGUUAACUUUCUCAUUUCCAAUAUAGUCGUUAUAAUAUAUAUUUAUAAAUAUCAGUCCAAAAUAAAAUUAUUUCUGAACUAUUUUAAAAUUAGGGCUUUGGAUUAGAAACUUAUUCUAAAUAACAUAAAAAUAAGUAAUACAAAUUUAAAUAUCUUUCUGAGUUAAUGAUUAAUCUAUUUUAAAAAAAGAAAACCCAUUAAAACCUUAAUGAUUUCUUAAAUACAUUAGUGUAAGAAUAAUUGAUUAAAUAAGCUGUUCUGUUUGUAUGA